AUGGCUGCCACUCUGUUAGGGGAGGAGCCCCGGCUGGGCAGCACCCCGCUGGCCAUGCUGGCUGCCACCUGCAGCAGGAUCGGGGAGCCCGGUCCUUCCUGCUCCCCUGCUCUUUCGGACGGAGCCCCGGGACUCAUCAAGGGCUUCCACCCGUGGAAGAGGGGCGCGCAGGGCGCGGGCAGUUUUGGCACCUGUCUCACGUCGCUGGGGAUUUCCGCAGGCAGCUCCAGGGCCGGCGGCGCGGGACUGACGGAGGCCUCGAGCGCUUUCUCGGUCACAGCAGCGACCUCUCCUCUGGGAAAUGAUUUUGCCAUGUACUCCACUGCGGUGCCAUCGGACAACAACGUCUCUGACUCUGCGCACGCACAGCGGCCCGUGUUCCUGACCAAGUUCCCCUCGUCGGUGGAGGGCAUCGCCGGGAUAUAUCCGAGGAUGCACGCGCACCCGUAUGAUUCGUGGUUCAAGCCCGGAGGGGAGGUCAGUAGCGGAUCCUCUGCUUGGUGGGACAUGGGCACCGGCUGGGUGGACGCGCAGAGCCCCCCCGGGCUGGCCUCUCCUCUGAGCGGCUACAGUAACGACUACAGCCCCGCCUUCAGCCCCGGCGGGCCCCAGCACCUCCUCCCUUCGCCGCAGCACCUCUUUGACGGCUUCAGACCGCCUGGCCCGGCGGCCUACGCCGAGUCCAAGACGGCAGCAGCACCCGCGCUCAAAGGCGCUCCCGUUGUCUCCCUGCCGCCGUCCUCCCGCUCCUCCUCCCGGCGCUACUCCGGCAGGGCCACGUGCGACUGUCCGAACUGCCAGGAGGCGGAGAGCCUCGGCCACGGAGCCACCAGUCCCCGCAGGAGAGGCUUGCACAGCUGCCACAUCCCGGGCUGCGGCAAGGUUUACGGCAAGACGUCUCACCUGAAGGCUCACCUGCGCUGGCACACCGGGGAGCGGCCGUUCGUCUGCAACUGGCUCUUCUGCGGGAAGCGCUUCACGCGCUCCGACGAGCUCCAGCGGCAUUUACGCACGCACACCGGGGAGAAGCGCUUCGAGUGCUCCGUUUGCCACAAGCGCUUCAUGCGCUCCGACCACCUCAGCAAGCACGUGAGGACGCACAGUGCCGACGGCUCCGGGGACGGAGGGGAACCGGGGCUCGGGAGGGGGCACAGCGACACGGACAACAGCGUGUCCGGGAGCCCGAGCCAGUCUCCAGCACCGCAAGCGCGCGAGGGCGCAAAGAGCGCAGAGGGUCCGAGAGUGGAAUAA